AUGUGCCUUCCAGGACUCGUGCUUCUCCUCUGCGCGGCGCCUGUCACCAUGACUUCAGCGGCGUUCGAGGUCGCGGACGCGGAUAUCAAGAAAUUCGUUCCCAAAACCUCCUCGCAAUCAUCCUUCUAUAGUGCUCUGGUGGUGUCAUCGUUCGAAUCGCAGGGGACCGUGAUUGUGCGAAUGCCUGCCAACACGGACCUAUUCCCGGUGGUUCUCCGCGUGGUCAUGGCGGGAAGCGUCGACCCACCAACAGACGUAUCUCUCGAUGGCACGUCUCUGGCAUCGGACGCCAGUCAGUGGAAGCUGGUCGCGCCGGGCGUGUGGGACCUGACUAGGAGUCUCGACUGGUCUACCGUUGACAUGGGGAACUUCUUGGCAAGUGUCAGUGCCGAAGUGUCGCACGCGGAUGUGAACGGCAACGCGGUGACCGCGUCGGGGUCGCUGACUAAGAUCGGAGCUCUUGAUACCGGCCUCGCAGUGCUGCCAUCCAUGGCAGGCGGUCGGUUCCAAGCCAUGUUCUCUGGCGCCGUGGUAGGGGGAGCCAAGAUCCGCAUCGCCACCAGCACCAACACCAAGGUUACUCUAGAGGUGCACCUGGCCUUCACCAAGGGCGUAAACACCAACUCAAAGGUCUCUCUGGUGGGUCAGGUCGGAGCCGACAAGUCUGCCCCUCUUGCCCUCGCAUGCCCGUUCACAUCAAACAUCAAGGGCGUGUUGACUUGCUCCAAGACUGUUGACGUGAAAAUCCCUGCGCCUACUGCAACCACGGCUGGUGUCCUGGGACUGCAGAAGUUCAUGGCUGCGCUGGUGGGAGCUACCAUGUCGGGUGAUAACCUGGCAGCAACCUUCAUGCUCACAGUCAGCGGGCAGCAAGAGCCUCUCUACUAUGCUCUGUAG